AUGGAGCAGAAGAAAAUAUUGGCUCUGGGCUUCCUCAUUAAGUCUCACGUCCCCGCGUUUCUGGGGAGCCUACUUAUUGGGAACAUCUCCUCGCUCGCCCACUCGCAGGUUCCUGUUUCUAGCCACUACAAGGCAACUUCAAAUCUUGUGCAAGACCCCGCCGGUCGUGUAGCAACAGUUCACAAGAUGAAGACGGCCGCUCUCGCAUUGGCCCUGCCGGCGCUAGUCAGCGCCGUUAAGUGCAAGCCGUACGUCGAGUCCGAGAAGCUCCAGGAGCUCAUCAACAUUGAGGACCUCCUCGCCGGGUCCCAGAAGCUCCAGGAUAUUGCGGAUGCCCACGAGGGAAACCGUGCCUUCGGCGGUGGCGGCCACAACGCGACCGUAGACUGGCUUGUCGAGGAGCUUGAGAAGCUCGACUACUACGACGUCUACAAGCAGCCUUUCACCGAGGCUUUCGCCGGUGCCAAGGCGACCCUCUCAGUCGCAGGCGAUGCCAUUGACGCCCGUCCUCUGACGUACACACCUGGCGGAACCCUAACCGGCGCUACCUUGGUCAACGUUGCCAACCUUGGAUGCGAGGCGUCGGACUACCCUGCCGAAGUCUCUGGCGCUGUUGCGCUCGUAUCGAGAGGCACUUGCAACUUUGCGGUCAAGGCCACUCUUGCCAAGUCUGCAGGCGCUGUCGGUGCCAUCAUCUACAACAACGACGUUGGCGCGCUUUCAGGAACCCUCGGCGCGGCUUCGGAUGGUUACGCCCCGACUGUGGGAAUUACUCGUGAGGAGGGACAGGCCCUUGUUGCCUCUCUUGCAGCUGGUCAAGCGCUGACUCUUGAUCUCAAUGUUAUCUCCAUCAUCGAGAACCGUGUCAACUACAACGUCAUUGCGGAGACGAGGGGCGGAGACCAUGAUAAUGUUCUCAUGAUCGGAGGCCACUCCGAUUCUGUUUUUGCUGGCCCUGGUAUUAACGAUGAUGGCUCCGGCACCGUUGGUGUGCUCACUGUCGCCAAGGCCCUUACCCAAUUCACCACCAAGAACGCCGUUCGACUUGGAUUUUGGGGCGCGGAAGAAUACGGCAAGCUCGGCUCCUACUUCUAUGUGAAGUCGCUCAACAGCUCUGAGGAGGAAAUUUCAAAGAUCCGAGCAUACCUCAAUUUCGACAUGAUCGCCAGCCCCAACCCUAAGCUCGCCAUCUACGAUGGUGACGGCAGUGCCUUCAACUUCACUGGCCCCGCCGGCUCUGAUGUGAUUGAAAAGGACUUUGAGGAGUUCUUUGAGUCCAAGGGCCUGGGCCACGUACCCACUGAAUUCAACGGCCGCUCUGACUACGCAGGGUUCAUCGAGAACGGCAUCCCGUCUGGUGGACUAUUCACUGGCGCAGAGGGCCUCAAGACGGAGGCCGAGGCCGCGCUGUUCGGUGGCGAGGUUGGUGUUGCCUACGACGUUAACUACCACUUGAUCGGCGACGAUAUCACCAACCUGGACAACGACGCUUACCUUGUCAACACCAAGGCCAUCGCCCACAGUGUCGCCAAAUAUUCCAUGAGCUGGGAAACUCUUCCUGCUGUUGAGUUGAAGAAGCGCAGAUGGGCUGCAGACACGGCCCAGCACCUCAAGCGUGCUGCUGAGUUGACCGGUCACUCCCACGAUGGGCCCUGCGGUGGCGGCUCCCACUUCUAA